AUGGCUGGUAGUAAUCGUUCAGUGAACUGUUCAACUGCACUACAGCGAUUGAAACAAGACUACCUAAGGCUUUCAAAGGACCCGGUUCCUUAUAUAACUGCAGAGCCACUUCCAACUAACUUGUUUGAGUGGCAUUAUGUCAUCAAAGGACCAGCUGAUUCACCUUAUAAAGGAGGUUAUUACCAUGGGAAACUUGUUUUUCCGAGAGAUUUUCCAUUUCGACCUCCUUCAAUAUACAUGAUAACACCAAACGGUAGAUUCGCAUGUAACACGAGACUGUGUCUAUCGAUAAGUGAUUUUCAUCCCGACACAUGGAAUCCUGCAUGGUCUGUUUCAUCUAUACUAACGGGCUUACUAAGUUUUAUGCUGGAGAAUACGUGUACCAUGGGUAGUGUUGUGACUUCAACAUGCACUAAAAAACAACUAGCCAAAACCAGCGGAGAUUUUAACCUGAAGUCUGAAAUUUUCUGUGAAUUAUUCCCUGGAAUUGUUAAAGAGAUUCGCGAAAAUCUGACAGCUGAAGAACUUCGUAGUAAACUUUUAAAUUCAUCAAAUCAACGUCAGUCACAAUCCGACGCAAGUACAAAUAACUCCGGCGUAAAUGGUGAAAAUAGAAAUGAAUGGCAUAUCUCCAAAUUAUUUGUCCUGAUCGUGUUUAGUAUAUUUGCUUUUCUUGUACAACUUGUCAUGAGAUUUUUAGAACCUAUGUGA